CCGUUUACGGGUCAAAACUAACGUAUGAAUGCGUCGACCAACAAGCAACCUCGCAUUCAAUGCCCACUGCCACUAUGUUGUGUUCCGUACAAUCUGGGGUUGGACCGGCCAUCGCCGGUCAAUCUUUGUGGCCAACCUGAAAAACUCAAAACCUACAGUCUCCCCAAACCCAAAUCUCUUCUUUGUGUUCAUACCUCAUCUUAUAUACACUCAAGUAAAUUCACUUUUAUCUCUCUCUCGUGCACUUUGUCACUCACUUUAUCUAUCUAACACGACAUAAAAGUUUAGAUGAAGAAUCUGCACUUCUGAUCGCUCAUGGAGGAAAAGGCAGUAAAGGUUGAAAAUCCGAUCUGGUCUUCACCAUUUUUGGAUUGUUUUCCACCAAACAAUCACAAUACUGGCUUGUUUAAUUUCUUGAAUGAUGGUGAAAAGAGCUCAUUGGGAUUCAUGGAGUUACUGGGAAGUCAAGACUUUUGUCCGUCGUUGUUUGAUAUCUUGGAAGUUCCCAUAGCAUCUACAGAAGCCCCAGAUCAGACUCAGACUUUUAAGUCAUCUGAGGACUUGAAGCAGCCCACGACACCCAACUCUUCGUCUAUGUCGUCGGCAUCAAGCGGUGCACUGGUUGAUGAACAGAUCACUAAAGCAGUUGAAGAAGAAGGACAGCAGAAGACCAAAACACUGUUGAAAACCAAGAAAACGAGUCAGAAGCGUCAAAGAGAGCCAAGAUUUGCAUUCAUAACAAAGAGCGAGGUUGAUCAUCUGGAGGACGGGUACAGAUGGAGAAAGUACGGCCAAAAAGCAGUGAAAAACAGCUCUUUUCCUAGGAGUUACUAUCGUUGCACUAGCGCUUCAUGUAUAGUGAAGAAGAGAGUGGAACGAUCUUUGAGUGAUCCAAGCAUAGUUGUGACUACGUACGAAGGCCAACACAACCAUCCCAGCCCGGUGAUGGCUCGGCCAAGCCCCGCCGGUUCCGUAAUAUCUGCCGACGCAGCCGCGGCCUUUUCUCUGCCCGUGCAAAUGACCUUGUCUUAUCAACCACAGUUCAACAGCUUGGGACCCAUGAAUUGUGGCUAUAUGAAUAUGAAUAUGACUAUGACUUCCACAAUUCCUUCAGCAUAUCUGAAGGAGAGGGGUUUGUACACUCCAUCUUCUGCUUUGCUAAGAGACCAUGGACUUCUUCAAGAUGUUGUGACCUCAAACAUGAAAAAGGAAGAGUAGAUGGAGCCCUAACUACAGGUAAUGCACUUAGUUGUACUUAGGAGAAAAAGGGUGGUUUGGUUGUUGAAACUUGAAAACCCCAUUACGGCUAUGUAAUCCUACUUCUGAAAUCUGACUGGUGUUGAUGCCCCUUGCUCAACCGCUCUUUUUUUUUUUUCUAAUUAUGCCAACCCUAAUAUUGCCACUUUCACUUGGGCUUUUGAUCCCUUUUGGAGUCAAACCAUCGUAGGCGUUUUGAAUCUGUGGUACAGUUUUUGAUUUUUUUUUGCCCUUUU